AUGGCGCCCGCCGCCUCUCCAUUGGAGCGCGAUAAUGAGCGCGUUGGACCACACCCAUCGUAUAUCGAAGUUGCGAAGCCCUAUAUCCUGCAGUCGCGUAUGCAGAAAUGUCUGUCAGAUAUACACAUGAGCGAUGCCAAAGAGGAUGCUGUCCGUCUGCAAGGCGUCGCCUGGAUAGACCAAGUGAGACGCGCACUCCAACUGCCCAUCCGCACCUUUAACACUGCCGUCAUCUACUACCACAAGUUCAGGCUGUUGCACGCAGACAACGAGUACAAUUGGGCAGAUGCGGCAGCCGCAGCACUCUUCACAGCGUGUAAAAUCGAGGACACCUUGAAGAAGAGCAGGGAAAUCUUAUGCGCUCACUGGAACCUCAAGGUUGGCCCUGGCGAGAGCCUAAGUAGCGACGAUCCGCGCUUCGAGAACCACUCCAAACUCAUCAUCGGCCUUGAACGGCUCAUGCUCGAAAGCGCCGGCUUCGAUUUUCGCAAUCGAUACCCCCAGAAAGUCAUGGUCAAGCUUGCUAGGGCUCUGCGAUUCGACGCGAAAGACGAGGCCCAAACAACCUGGAACCUGAGCAUCGAUUCAUACCGGACUUUUGCACCGCUGAAGCAGUCCACACCGACUCUGGCCAUUGCGUGUCUAGAGCUUGCCGCACGGCUGCAUGGUAAAGACACUACAAAAUUCGUGGAUGCGGGACCCGUAAGGUACAGCAAGUGGGCUACUAGUCGAGCAGAGAUUAUGGAGACCCUCCUUGAUCUACUCGACCUGUACACCCAUCAUCGCAGCGCAACCUCGGUCGGACCCUCUUACACACUUGAGCACUUCAUCAACAUCCGCAUUGGACUUAAUCAGGAGGCUUCGGCAGCGAGUAUACCACGUUAUUCUCGGUACAAGUCGGAGUCUGUCGCCGAUGCCGGAAGCACCACAAACGGCGCCAAGCCUCGCAACGGCAUCGACCCGACAAGCCCAUUCACACCAGCUACCCCCAUUGCACAUUCGCCCGCCGCAGAUCAAGCGCCAAAAUCUGCAAUCGGAAUUCGCGGUCAGAACGGUACGGUCAGGUUCAUGCUGGACGCAGCCCGUGCACACGAUGAACGCGCCGAGGUGGAGAAGUUUCACAAGCUUGAGGAAGAGGAGUACGAAGUAGAGGUGCCGAUAUCGAGUGAAUCAAGGGCAGAUGAUAGGGAGAGAGAAAGAGCAAGAGUUGGCAGAGAUUCUAUCAGAGUUGCCAACCACGAGAAAAGCAGCCCGGGCGUUGGUCACACAGAAGACUACUGGGAUAAAUUUCGCAAGCGCUCCGGAAUGGCGUCAGAUAGCGAGCCAGCUUCCAGAGCGGAUGGCAAUGUUCACGCAUCCAGAAGAGCUGUAAACCUCGAUAAUGUCUCGGACAAAGGCAACGUACAGAGGAGAGCCGAUGACCAUGUCAAUGUCUCAUUCGAUGAUGGGGAGUCAAAUGAUCGAGGACGUGGUAGAGACUCACGCAAAAAACCUCGCCUACAGGAUAGAAAGAAACGUGGCGACAUAUAUCGCAGCAAAAUCACGCAACAACUGGAACCGAGUUCAGAGCGUCUGCUACCAAGGUUAUCGAUGUCUUCUCAUGGCGAGGCGGAUCACGAACGAAACUUCGAUUAUACUGGUCAAUUCACGCCUCUAGACAGGAGCAGAGGCUUUGGCGAUCGAGGACAUAGUGGUCGGCGCGAAGGCAGGAUUAUGCGCCGUGGUAGGAAAAAUCAUCAUCGUGGAUCCGACUGUGAUAUUCACGAACCAGGCGACACUGGAUAUCCCUCAGACGAUCAAUAUCGCACCCCCUUUGCUCUGGAAGAAGCCCUCGUUGUUGUACCACGAGGCGAGAAUGAAAUUUCACGGCAGAGCACUACCAUACGCAAAAGUUCGAAAAGACGAGAAGAAUUACAGGAAACAACAGGUUUCGUCCUUGCGGAUCUUAUGCCAGUUGUCUCGUCAGCAGGAGAACUAUCUUCACUCGCAAGACCCCAAGCAAGUAAAGAACGACUUGCGAAAAGAGACGUCUAUAAAGAACAGACAUCCGGUGCAGAUAACGCACUGUCCGCGAAUGACGGACAUCAGUGGGCAAACAUCGGUGACAACUAUGGAAAGAAUAGAGGCAGAGGAAGGGGAAGGGGAAGAGCGAGAGGCGGUAGGAGUGAAGAGCAGUACAACACCGCAAAGAUGGUCAACUUCACCGUCGAGGAGAUCCGUGGUCUCAUGGACGACCCUAAGAACAUUAGGAACAUGUCCGUUAUUGCCCACGUCGAUCACGGAAAGUCCACCCUCACCGACUCGCUCGUCCAGCGUGCCGGUAUUAUCUCGGCCGCCAAGGCUGGUGAGGCUCGUUUCACCGAUACCCGAGCUGACGAGCAGGAGCGUGGUGUCACUAUCAAGUCGACUGCCAUCUCCCUGUACGCCCAGCUCAAGGACGAGGAGGACCUCAAGGACAUCCCUGUCCCCACCACCAAGAACGACUUCUUGAUCAACUUGAUCGACUCGCCCGGUCACGUUGACUUCUCAUCUGAGGUCACUGCUGCUCUCCGUGUCACCGAUGGUGCGCUCGUUGUCGUUGACACCAUUGAGGGUGUCUGCGUCCAGACCGAGACUGUCCUGCGUCAGGCUCUUGGUGAGCGUAUCAAGCCCGUUGUCAUCAUCAACAAGGUCGACCGUGCUCUUCUCGAGCUCCAGCUCUCCAAGGAGGAUCUGUACCAGAACUUCUCCCGUGUCAUUGAGUCCGUCAACGUCGUCAUCGCCACCUACUUCGACAAGACUCUUGGUGACGUCCAGGUCUACCCCGAGAAGGGUACCAUCGCCUUCGGUUCCGGUCUUCACGGCUGGGCUUUCACCAUCCGUCAGUUCGCCAGCCGCUACGCUAAGAAGUUCGGUGUCGACAAGAACAAGAUGAUGGAGCGUCUCUGGGGUGACAGCUACUUCAACCCCAAGACCAAGAAAUGGACCAAGGUCGGCACCCACGAGGGUAAGAACCUCGAGCGUGCUUUCAACCAGUUCAUCUUGGACCCCAUUUUCCGCAUCUUCCAGGCUGUUAUGAACUUCAAGACCGACGAGAUCCCCACUCUUCUCGAGAAGCUUGAGAUCAAGCUCACCUCCGAUGAGAAGGACCUCGAGGGCAAGCAGCUCCUCAAGGUAGUCAUGAGGAAGUUCCUUCCCGCCGCUGACGCUCUCCUCGAGAUGAUGAUUCUCCACCUUCCUUCUCCCGUCACCGCCCAGAAGUACCGUAUGGAGACUCUCUACGAGGGUCCCCACGAUGACGUUAACGCCAUCGGUAUCCGGGACUGUGACCACAACGGUCCUCUCAUGCUUUACGUCUCCAAGAUGGUGCCCACUUCCGACAAGGGUCGUUUCUACGCUUUCGGUCGUGUCUUCUCCGGUACUGUCCGCUCUGGUCUCAAGGUCCGCAUUCAGGGUCCCAACUACCAGCCCGGAAAGAAGGAGGACUUGUUCAUCAAGGCCAUCCAGCGUACCAUCCUCAUGAUGGGUCGUUUCGUUGAGCCUAUUGACAACGUUCCCGCCGGUAACAUUCUUGGUCUUGUCGGUGUUGACCAGUUCUUGCUCAAGUCUGGUACCCUCACCACCAACGAGACUGCCCACAACCUCAAGGUUAUGAAGUUCUCCGUUUCCCCCGUCGUGCAGCGUUCCGUCGAGGUCAAGAACGCCCAGGAUCUUCCCAAGCUCGUUGAAGGUCUUAAGCGUCUCUCCAAGUCCGACCCUUGCGUCUUGACUUACAUCUCCCCAUCCGGUGAGCACGUUGUUGCUGGUGCCGGUGAGUUGCACUUGGAGAUUUGCUUGAAGGAUCUCGAGGAGGACCACGCCGGUGUUCCUCUCCGUAUCUCCGACCCCGUCGUCCAGUACCGUGAGACUGUCAACGCCACUUCCAGCAUCACCGCGCUGUCCAAGUCACCCAACAAGCACAACCGUCUCUACCUUACUGCUCAGCCUUUGGACGAGGCCGUCUCCCUGGCCAUUGAGGCUGGCAAGAUCGCUCCUCGUGACGAUAUCAAGCAGCGUGCUCGUAUCCUUGCUGACGAGCACGGCUGGGAUGUGACCGAUGCCCGUAAGAUUUGGUGCUUCGGUCCCGACACCACCGGUGCCAACUUGCUCGUUGACCAGACCAAGGCCGUCCAGUACCUGAGUGAAAUCAAGGACUCCGUCGUCUCUGGUUUCCAGUGGGCCACCAAGGAAGGUCCCAUUGCUGAGGAGCCCAUGCGCUCCAUCCGCUUCAACAUCAUGGAUGUCACUCUCCACGCUGAUGCCAUUCACCGUGGUGGUGGUCAAAUCAUCCCCACUGCGCGCCGUGUCCUCUACGCCGCUACCCUCCUUGCCGAGCCCACUCUGCUCGAGCCCGUCUACCUCGUCGAGAUCCAGGUUCCCGAGCAGGCCAUGGGUGGUAUCUACGGUGUCCUUACCCGAAGGAGAGGUCACGUCUUCGAGGAGAACCAGCGUGUUGGUACUCCUCUCUUCAACGUCAAGGCUUACCUUCCCGUCAACGAGUCCUUCGGUUUCACUGCCGAUCUCCGUGCCGCCACUGGUGGACAGGCCUUCCCACAACAAGUCUUCGACCAUUGGCAACAUCUCCAGGGUGGCUCGCCACUUGAUGCCACCACCAUGGUUGGUAAGAUCGUGUUCGACAUGCGUAAGCGUAAGGGUAUCAAGACUGAGGUGCCCGACGUCUCCAACCGGAAGUUGGCCACAAGAGCUAUAAUGUUGCUCGAAGAGAAAGACCAUGCUGAGUUCAAGGGCUGGUUACUACCGAAGCUCGAAAACAUUUCCGAUGCUGAAGCUGGGGUCCUUGCCGAUUAUGUGGCCGCGCUCGUCACCGUUGAUGAUACAGAUGCAAACGUUCAGCGUACUCUAGUCGAGUCGCUGGAGGAUUUUCUGGGCAGAGAAAGCACCGAACCUUUCGCAAAAGAUAUCAUUGCAGGACUCAGAGCCAAGAGCUACCUCCCAAAACCGAAAACGAACGACGCCGCGCAGCCAUACCUCUCAUCCCAAGCCUUACAGUCAGAGCCAAUACAGUCUAUCGUUGGCAAUACGAACUUCGAAUACGAACCACAUCCGUCGAAUGUGUCAUCUGGGGCUCCUAGAGGUCCUGCUGCGACCAGAAAUCUAAAGGCACCUCGCCACGUACCCGACCGACCGACCACGCAAAGCACAUAUCAUGAUGGCUCUAAUCAGUCAAGGAAGCGCAAAGUCUUGGAAAGAGGUGAUAGCCAGUCGCGAGAAGGCCAAGAUCCACACUAUAACCGCAGCGGUGGUGCGAAUAAUAGACCUUCGAAGCAGACCGCUCGCAGAGGCGGGAGAAGUGCUGGAAAUGGAGAAGCGCCAUCACAGAACGCCUUCGGUAGCUACGGUGGUAUGCCGAACUUUGCCAACCUCCCACCCCCACCCCCAGGACCUUUGCCUUUCGAUCCCUCAGACCCCAUGGCUUUCUUUGCUAUGGCAGCAGCUUUUGGCGCGAACCUGCCAGGCAUGCCUCAGCUCCCUUUGCCCAACAGGCAAGAUGGUGGCUCGAAACAAGUGCGGCCAAAGACAAAGUGUGCUGAUUACUUCGAAAGGGGCUUCUGCGCGCUGGGCAGCCUUUGUCCACACGAGCAUAAUGAUGCCGCAGUGACUGUUUCGCCUGACGAGAUUCCCGAGUAUGAUCCAGAGCAGUCAUUCCUUGCUGUACAGCCGCAAGGGUUGUUCAGCAGACAAGCAGUUCCUAGUAGCCAGCGUCGUCCGACCAAGAAUCGGAGACCGCGCUCAUCGUUCUCUUUGCCAGGCUAUUCCCAUGAUCGAUCAAACACCACGCUUGUCGUCGAACAGAUUCCACAAGAAUACUUCAAUGAUGACGGUAUACGGACCUACUUCUCAGAGUUUGGUGAGAUUGCUAAUCUCGAGUUGCAUCCUAAGAGGCGGUUGGCAGUCAUUAGAUUCGCCAACCGCCAGGCUGCUAAUCAAGCCUACCAUAGCCCCAAGGCCGUGUUCGAGAACCGAUUCGUCAAGGUUUACUGGUAUGGCCCCGACACAGGGGAAAAGCUGUCUCUUGAAAAUAAUGAAGAUAUUGACAUGGAGGACCCGGGACACAAAGAAGAAGAAAAACUUGACUUAGAGGCUAUUGCGAUUAGACAAGCUGAAGCGCAGAAAGCAUUCGAAGAGCGCCGUCGUAAGGCCCAGGAAGCAGAUGCGAGAGCCGCAGAGAUUGAGAGACAGCUGGAGGAGAAGAACAGAGAGAUAGCAGAGAUUAAACGCCAACUUGCAGAACUAUCAGGUGAUCCAUCGGACGAGUUCUCACAGACCCUUGCAACCCUUCAAGCAGAGGCUGCAGAACUGUUCGAUCAGCAUGGUCCCGAUGAGCCCUCGCCUAGUGAUCGCGGCCAUGGUGCUUUCCGUGGAACUUAUCGAGGUCGUGGAUACUUCCCACCUCGGGCCAGAGGCUAUGCACCUUAUCGGGGCGCGUAUCGUGGUCGUGCAGGUGGUUUUGCUAGUCGCACUGCAAACAAGAAACUGGAUAAUAGGCCUAGGCGCCUAGCUGUCAUGGGUAUCAAGCCUGAUUCACCGAGGGAUGAAUCUUUGAGACAGCAUCUUCUUAACAUCCCUGAUUGUAGCAUUGAACGUCACCCCGAGCAAACCGAUGCCCUCAUCCUAACCUUCAAAGAACGAUAUCAGGCUGAAGAAUUUCUGGAUCAAUCCCUCAGUAUUCCUGACGUUGGUAAACUUGAGCUGGCAUGGGUUCCUAACGACGCAUUUGGUGGUCUCAAGUCUGUCACGACUACAACUGACGCUUCUGCAGCGAAUUACGACGAUGAUGAUGACUCGUCCGCUACCAUCGGAGAGCAAGAAAUCAAGGUUGAGGAAGAGGAAGGUCAUCAGAUGGGUGGAGUGGACGCGGAUAUGGAUGUUGCGGAUGAUGUGGACGAGUGGCUGUGA